AUAGACAAUGACAACUUAUUAAAGGUACUAUGGUGAAUAUCUCUAUAUUUUAACUCUUACUUUCAGAUUUUGAAAUGGGUUUAUCAUCCCUGGUUAUUGUUCUGUUAAUUGUCUUGGACACUGUAAUUGGAUUGAAAUGCUCUAAAUGUACUCACGUGGCUAUAACUGACGCCCCUUCAAUUCUCGGUCCAAUUCUCAAAAACAUUCCAUUGACCGAAAGUCCUCAAUGUGCCAGCACCCCUCCAGGACAAGCAGCCGAUGGCGUGAGUUUGGUUGAGUGCCCCAGUAAUCAAAAGUCAGGACAAGUGUACAAGUGUGUGACAUACACCGGCACUGUCACCGUGGAUAUUAACGUACUCAUCACCACAGCUAGUUUCAAAGCUGAAAUAGCUGACCGUGACUGUGUGCUGAUGGACCCAGCAGUCCCUGCUUCAUGCACCCCACAGGACAACAUUCCUGCUGAUAACGCUGAAUUGAAAUCCGUGUUCUCUAGUCUAUCUGGUCUCAAUGCUGUCACCUUCGUCGGUACCAAAUGCGUGGUAGACGAGAAGUCAACAGCAACACAUCUGAGUGAAACCAACAUUGUCCUUUGCACGUUCAUGCUUCUAAUCUCUAACUAUUUAAAUCAUCUUUGAUUAUAAGAAUCGAUCAUACUUAAUUACCCUUUUAUACAUGGGAUACACUAGUAAUCUACAUAAUUAUUAGAAUAGAUUAUAGUUAGACCAUCAUCCAGGAGAUAUCAUUCACUGAAUAAUUUGUUUCAUAUUUCCCGCUUUGAUUUUCGUUGAUAUAUAAUCAGGUGUCAUGAUAUUACACUACUUUUUCAGGCGUUUUCAUACA